AGUGGAAAGGUCACAAAAAAAAUAACAAGUCUCCGCUUGGUUCACUCGUUUUGCUUCUUAUUCACAAACUCUUCAUUCCCUUUGACUCCAUUUUUCACAGUAACGGGAAUUCUACCCUGUGCAGCUUCGAAUUGCCAGCAACCAACAGUAUUUCUUACUGACCACAGUUAUGGUGGCAAGAAAUUUUAAAGGUUCGGGUAGUCCAAGAAUUAAAUUCGCCUUCUGCUUAGAAAAAAACAACACGCCGGGGGUUAGGAGUCACAAACUAGCCCUAGUGCCUUCUAGCCCUAUCCAACACCAGGACACGUGUCAUCAUACCACAUCUCUGUCAAACAUCCCCCUCCUCUAAACUUCCACUUCUCUAUCUACUCCCCUAAUAACUGAAACCAUCACGAGCGAAAAUCUUCACUACAUCCCACGUUAUGGAGGGCAUCUAUCAGGAGUUGUGGGUAUGGAAAAGAGUCAUUGUCAAAAAUGUCACCAUCCCUGUACCUCAGCCGCACUUGGUCAGGCCAGAGCCCGGAUAUGGAGUCAGCCCGGGGCAGGCUGUAACCGGGGACUUCCCUGGCCUUGAGUUCACAGAAAUGGUGCGGGAACAAGAGUUUAAAGUCCUCCAGGCUGGGGUGAGACUUCCCUGCGGCACUGAUUUGCUUCUCAUACGCUCCGAGUAUGAUCGGAUAGAGAGUCUAUUAGUAGAUUCAGAGUUGGAAAGAUGGUCCGAUGGCAUCAGACCCCCAGAACCGGAAGCCAACCUGGACUACAAGCCGUCUGGUCCUUCUGGCCCAGGUAUGUAGUAAUUAUCUGAUCCAUAUCUGAUUCCCAGUCUGACCUAUGAGAAGGAAAAUCUGUUUUCCUUUCUUACCUUCUCGCGCGUAGGCUCGCUCUGGGUCAGCCCACCGUUUACCGUGAGGAUGACAGAAAGUGUUUUCUCUUCGAUCAAUACACCCCGGGAAAGCAAGUGAACGCAGAUGCUCUAUUUAGCCUUCCCAUGGAGCAACAAAAACGACUCUGGAUUCUCACUUCUGAUCCGCCUACCGAUCCACGCUGGAGUCAUUCAUGCGGUUGGUUUGUGGUGUAAAUGUUGGCAUGCACUACAUGAGUGAUUGGUAAUGGGGUGAAAUAUUCACUGUUUUCAAGUAUUAACCAUGCCUGCAUAUAGGGUGAGCAAUCAGCUAACAAGGGUACUUUGUGAUAGAUUAUUGGGGCCGGAUCUUGCGACACCCAGUGAGAUUCGGAAUCUCUACAAAACUUUCGUUUGUCUGGGCCCCGCGGCGAGCACAUGCUUGAUAUCCAUCCCUGCCAUGAUUGAUGCAGGCUAUCACCGUAGGCUGAGAGCUCAUCUUCGCCGUGUGGAUACCGAUAUACAGACUUUCCUUGCCCGGGGAGCUAAUAAAAAAAAAGCAUAAUAGCUAGCCUCGCCGGUCCUCUCUCCCCCAAUUCAGCCGUCAUGGAACCUGUCGAAGAGGCAUUGUUCUGCAAGGCUGGAAUUACUACCAGAUGGCCAGCCCACCGGGUACUUAUGGUAGCACUGGAGCAGUCCUCCCGAAUAGGAUUUGGGUUAUACCGUUAUUUUUUACGCUAUCAAGGAUUGGAAAACAUUAGUGGAUGGAUUUUCGAGGGGUGUGCCCAAUACGUGCUCAGCCAUGGAGGGUCCUUCAAUGCCAACGAAAUUCUGAUCGCAAACGAUAACCCUCUCCCACUCAAAUUCGCAAUCCAAAAGAAUCAAUCCGCCUGUUUUCAUUAUUUUGCCAGUACAGGCCACCUUGCCCAACAGGUUCAGGAUAGGUAUCGUGAAGGUCUUGCACCAGAUACGGUAGGGAAAUAUUUCCUGCCGUACAGCAGGCGGCCGGAGUCUAUUGAUGGGCUGGUUUUUAGUCAUUGGGACACCUUGAUUCUAUUCCGGAUUACGAUCGCUAGAACUACCACAUUCGAUUCCCGAGAGAUACAAGACCUCUCCCGUUGCUUGCCGGCAACCACCGGUCGGAUCUGCGUUGUCUUUGUUGUCCCGCAAGCUUUCACUAGACCUGACGUCGCACUCAUUUGCAAUUCUGAGGCCCCUGCCAUUAUUUCACAAGUCAGCGGUUUAACCAUCCGGCUGUUUCAGCUAGUCUGUACAUAUAAUGAUAUGCAAGCGGCGGUUGUUGAAAGACCAUUCAUCUAAAUGGAUAGCGAUUGUAAUGCGUAUGGAGGAAAGGGCGAAUACUAGGAUAUGGAGGAUAUUACAAGGACCAGUAUAUGAUAAGGUGUGAGAUAGGGUAUACAAGAUUUGUGGGUCGUGGGUCCAAUGGGCAUCGGGGGCAUGGGUUGACUUGCUUGUUCAUGAUAUUUGAUCAAUUUCAUCGGUCAAGUGGUUAG